AUGGAUGCAUAUUCUGGAUACAACCAGAUAUCUAUGUACACCUCAGAUAGAGAAAAAACGGCCUUCAUCACUGAUAGAGGUUUGUACUGUUACAAAGUAAUGCCGUUUGGGCUCAAGAACGCUGGUGCAACAUACCAGAGGCUAGUGAAUGCAAUGUUUAAGCAUCAAAUUGGUAGAAACAUGGAGGUAUAUGUUAAUGACAUGUUGGUGAAAAGCUUAAAAGCUGAAGACCAUUUGACUGACCUGCAGGAGACCUUUGAGGUACUUAGGAGUCAUAAGAUGAAACUCAACCCCAGCAAGUGUGCCUUUGGGGUUUCCUCAGGAAAGUUCUUGGGAUAUAUGGUAAGUAGAAGAGGAAUUGAGGCCAAUCCAAAGAAAAUCCGAGCAGUCAUUGACAUGAGAUCGCCAAGAUCAACCAAGGAUCUACAACGACUAACAGGGAAGAUUGCUGCCUUGAGUAGGCUAAUCUCUCGAUCAACUGACAAGUGUCUACCUUUCUUUCGUGUGCUAAGGAAGGCUUUUGAAUGGACCCCAGAAUGUGAGCAGGCAUUCAAAGAACUAAAACAAUACCUUAGUUCUCCCCCACUACUGUCUCGAACCAUACCGGGAGAGGAACUAUACAUAUACCUUGCAGUUUCCACGACAGCUGUCAGUUCAGCUCUGAUACGAGAAGAAGAAGGGGUCCAAAGGCCAGUAUACUUCGUGAGCAAAGCACUUAGGGGUACGAAGGAAAGAUAUCUAAGGAUGGAACAGUUGGCCUUUGCUUUAAUUGUGUCCGCCAGGAAACUGAGACCAUACUUUCAAGCGCAUACGAUAGUGGUCCUAACAGAUCAACCCCUUCGACAGGUCCUACAUAAGCCAGAAAGCUCUGGUCGACUGAUGAAGUGGUCAGUAGAGUUAGGGGAGUUCGACAUUCAGUAUAAGCCAAGAACAGCAGUAAAGGCUCAGGUGUUGGCUGACUUCUUAGCUGAGUUUACCCCUCCAGAAGAGGAAAAACAACCCCAAUUUUUGACAGAACUAAGUUUAAGUGAGCAGAUGGGCCCAGAAGUAGUCUGGGACUUGUUCGUGGAUGGGUCAUCUACUGCUCAGGCUAGUAGAGCCGGGCUUGUUCUUGUCUCCCCAGAGGGAGAAAAUAUACAGUACGCACUUCGGUUUGGUUUCAAAGCAACCAACAAUGAAGCAGAGUACGAAGCCUUGAUAGCAGGAUUAAAAGUGGCAAAUGCCCUAGGGGAUGAGCAAUUAAAGGUGUACACCGACUCUCAGCUGGUCGCUGGACAAGUUCAAGCGGAAUAUGAGGCACAAGACGAGAAGAUGAAGAGUUAUCUACAAAAGGUGAAGGAAUUAAAGAAUCACUUCCAAAGAUUCUCAAUUCAUCAAAUACCACGAGAAGAGAAUGGGAAAGCAAACGCUUUAGCUCGGCUAACUACUGCAUUAGAACCUGAGAUCAAUAAAAAUAUACCACUGGAAUAUUUGGAUGAACCAUCUAUAUCUCAGGAGAGACAAAUUGAAGUGCAACAAGCGAUAUUGAGUGUGGAAUGGGCAGAUCUUAUCAUCAGAUAUAUCAAGGAUGGGGUGCUACCAACAGACCGAGCAGAAGCUCGAAAGGUCAAGAUGCGGGCAGCUAGGUAUACGCUUAUCAAAGGGGUGCUCUACAAGAGAAGCUUCUCCAUGCCGUAUUUACGAUGCGUUUCUAGCGAGGAAGCUGACUACAUUUUGAGGGAGAUCCACCUAGGAGUUUGUGGAAACCAUGCUGGGGGUAGGUCACUUGCAAACAAGGCCAUCCGACAAGGAUACUAUUGGCCCACCAUGCAGAAAGAUGCACUUGACUUCGUUAAAAAGUGCGACAAGUGUCAACGAUUUGCCAACAUCCCGAGACAACCGUCAGAGGAGAUGACUCCCAUGUCAGGACCAUGGCCAUUUGCUCAAUGGGGAAUGGACUUCAUUGGCCCUCUCGUCAAAGGCAAAGGGCAGACUAAGUAUGCCGUUGUUAUGGUUGAUUACUUCACUAAAUGGGUAGAAGCUAAGCCUCUGGCCAAGAUCACAGAGAACAAUAUAAGGAAGUUCGUAUGGAAAUCAAUAGUUUGCAGAUUUGGGAUUCCUAGAGUGAUUGUCACAGAUAAUGCAAAACAGUUCGAUAACUCUGACUUCAAAAAAUUUUGUUCCGAGCUCGGGAUUCAAAUUCAUUUCUCAUCGCCAGGACAUCCCCAGGCGAAUGGAUAG